CCUCUAAUGGCUUUUGCCCUGGAAGCAGCACGUCCCAACUCCAGCCAGAAGCAGCUCACCCCAGAAUGAGAGCUGCCACCCUCCUUGUGGCCAGGGCAGCAAGCCUUCGCCUUAGCCUCCUGCUUUCCUUCUGGCUGGACCGAGGUGUAGGAGCCAAGGAGCUGAGGUUUGUGACGUUGGUUUUUAGGCAUGGAGACCGAAGUCCCAUCGAAACCUUUCCUAAUGACCCCAUUAAGGAAUCCUCAUGGCCACAAGGAUUUGGCCAACUCACUCAGCUGGGCAUGGAGCAGCAUUAUGAACUUGGACAAUAUAUAAGGAAACGAUAUGAAAAAUUCUUGAACAAGUCCUAUAAACAUGAACAGGUGUUUGUUCGAAGCACGGAUAUUGACCGGGCUUUGAUGAGUGCUAUGACAAACCUUGCAGCCCUAUUUCCCCCAGAAGGUAUCAGCGUCUGGAAUCCCAGCCUACCCUGGCAGCCCAUCCCAGUGCACACAGUCCCGGUUUCUGAAGAUCGGGAUUUUAUAGAAAUCUUGCCAAAAUUUACAGGAUACCAUGACCAGGACCUUUUUGGAAUUUGGAGUAAAGUCUACGACCCUUUAUUUUGUGAGGGCGUUCACAAUUUCACUUUACCCUCCUGGGCCACAGAGGACACCAUGACUAAGUUGAAAGAAAUAUCAGAAUUGUCCCUCCUGUCCCUCUAUGGAAUUCACAGGCAGAAAGAGAAAUCUAGACUGCAGGGGGGUGUCCUGGUCAAAGAAAUCCUCUAUCACAUGAAGAGUGCAACUCAGCCAUUGAACCACAGAAAACUCAUUAUAUAUUCUGCACAUGACACUACUGUGAGUGCCCUACAGAUGGCGCUAGAUGUUUACAACGGAAUCCUUCCUCCCCAUGCGUCCUGCCACUUGACGGAAUUGUACUUUGAGAAGGGGGAGUACUUCAUAGAGAUGUACUAUCGGAAUGAGACGCAGCAUGAACCACAUCCCCUCACGCUGCCUGGCUGCACCCCCAGCUGCCCUCUGACAAAGUUUGCUGAGCUGGUUGCCCCUGUGAUCUCCCAAGACUGGUCCACAGAGUGUGCCAUGAGCAACCAUGAAGGUACUGAGGACGCUAUGGAUUAGGGUGCACACAGAGCUCUGCAGAGAGGGCAGAAUACCCUUUCUCCAGACGGUUGGUGCUUUGAGAAUAUAAACUGGCUUCAACCCCAUCUUUGGGGGAAAUAGGUUUGGGGUGAUAAUUGUAUGUUUCAGAGACCUCAACUUCAGGCAACUCCUACCUCUUUACCUGGCCCUGCUCCUACUUGCCAUAAACCUUGUCAACCUACAUAAACCCAGGAGGCAGUAAUGAAGCAGAAAACAUUUACUUGGGAUCAAAGAAUUGCAAUUCGGGGAACACAUAUCAAACUGGAACAAAAUUAGAAAUGUAAGAAUGGGGGCUUCCCUGGUGGUGCAGUGGUUGGGAGUCUACCUGCCAAUGCAGGGGACAUGGGUUCAGGCCCUGGCCCAGGAAGAUCCCACGUGCCACUGAGCAACUAAGCCCGUGCACCACAGCUACUGAACCUGCACUCUACAGCCCACGUGCCACAACUACUGAGCUCACGUGCCACAGCUACUGAAGCCCACUUGCUUAGAGCCCAUGCUCCACAACGGGAGAAGCCACAGCAAUGAGAAGCCCAUGCACCAUAAUGAAGAGUAGCCCCCCUCUCCGCAACUAGAGGAAGCCCGCGCGCAGCAAUGAAAACCCAAGGUGGACAAAAAUAAAUUAAUAAAAUAAAUAAAUUAAAAAAAAAGAAAUGUAAGAACGUUCUGAAUAUCUCCCAGGAAAAAUCUAUUGAGUAUUUAGGAAUAAACCUACCUAAGGAGACAAAAGACCUGUAUGCAGAAAAUUAUAAGGCACUGAUGAAAGAAAUUAAAGAUGAUACAAAUAGAUGGAGAGAUAUACCAUGAUCUUGGAUAGGAAGAAUCAACAUUGUGAAAAUGACUCUACUACCCAAAGCAAUCUACAGGUUCAAUGCAGUCCCUAUCAAACUACCACUGGCAUUUUUCACAGAACUAAAACAAAAGAUUUCACAAUUUGUAUGGAAACAAAAAAGACCCCGAAUAGCCAAAGCAAUCUUGAGAACGAAAAAUAUAGCUAGAAGAAUCAGGCUCCCUGACUUCAGACUAUACUACAAAGCUCCAGGAAACAAGACAGUAUGGUACUGGCACAAAAACAGAAAUAUAGAUCAAUGGAACAGUAUAGAAAGCCCAGAGAUAAACCCACGCACAUAUGGUAACCUUAUCUUUGAUAAAGGAGGCAAGAAUAUACAGUGGAGAAAAGACAGCCUCUUCAGUAAGUGGUGCUGGGAAAACUGUACAGGUACAUGUAAAAGUAUGAAAUUAGAACACUCCCUAACACCAUACACAAAAAUAAACUCAAAAUGGAUUAAAGACCUAAAUGUAAGGCCAAAAACUAUAAACUAUUAGAGGAAAACAUAGGCAGAACACUCUAUGAUAUAAAUCACAGCAAGAUCCUUUUUGACUCACCUCCUAGAGAAAUGGAAAUAAAAACAAAACUAAACAAAUGGGACCUAAUGAAACGUAAAAGCUUUUGCACAGUGAAGGAAACCAUAAAUAAGACCAAAGUACAACCCUCAGAAUGGGAGAAAAUAUUUGCAAAUGAAGAAACUGACAAAAGAUUAAUCUCCAAAAUUUACAAGCAGCUCAUGUGGCUCAAUAACAAAAAAACAAACAACCCAAUCCAAAAAUGGGCAGAAGACCUAAAUAGACAUUUCUCUAAAGAAGAUAUACAGAUGGCCAACAAACACAUGAAAGAAUGCUCAACAUCAUUAAUCAUUAGAGAAAUGCAAAUCAAAACUACAAUGAGAUAUCCUCUCACACCAGUCAGAAUGGCUAGUGGGAAGCAACCGCAUAGCACAGGGAGAUCAGCUUGGUGCUUUGUGACCACCUAGAGGAGUGGUAUAUGGAGGGUGGGAGAGAGGGAGAUGCAAGAGGGAAGAGAUAUGGGAACAUGUAUAUAUGUAUAACUGAUUCACCUUGUUAUAAAGCAGAAACUAACACACCAUUGUAAAGCAAUUAUACUCCAAUAAAGAUGUUUUAAAAAAAGAAAUAAAAUAUUAAAAUAAAAAAACUUAUUGGAAUGUUGAAA